AUGUAUAAGGGUAAAAUUGUUAUUUGGCAGGAAAAGGGUCCAUGGGAGAUGGAAAUUCAGGAAAGAAUCGAGGCAGCUGGGAGGAAGAAAGAAGAAGGAAUUAUUCUUUAUAAAAGUUGUAAAUAUCAAAGAGCAAUUAAAAAAUACAACAAGGCAGUGGAGUAUGUUAGUGAAGAAGGGCAGUUUGGGAAUUAUGAUGAAAAGGUUGUGAAAUCAUUAAGAGUUUCAUGCUGGUUGAAUGUUACUGCUUGUAGCCUUAAAUUAGAUGAUCAAAAAAAUGUUAUCAUCUUAUGUUCAAAGGCGUUGGAGUCUUUUCACAAGACUUUGAAGCAACUUGAAGCUGAGAGUAACAAAAGAGAUGCUAAACUUUAUAGAAAUAUGUUUGCCCAAAUGGCUAACGAUUGUUCUAUACAAACUAAGUCAAGGUCAAAGUCAAAAUCAAACACUAAUAUUGAAUGA